AUGCACUUGGUUUUGAGGUUGAGGUUGAGGUUGAAGUUGGAGCGUUUGCUUUUCUAUUACAGAUUUGGAGCUCAAUCUGCGAGAUAUGCUUCCUUAUCACAACACUUGCUUAAUCUGCUUCCUGUGGACAGCUUUGAUUCGAGUGGUCCAUUGAUGGCUGAUGAAGAUGAUUCAUAUCCACCAAUGGACACGAAGAGAACUCCCAUUUGCAUUUUCUUUAAGGAUAUCAGAUAUGUUCUUAAAUUGGAUGAACUUGGGUUAGAAAUAGCACAAAUAGCAUUUCCUGCAGCUCUGGCUUUGACAGCUGACCCAAUUGCCUCUCUGGUUGACACAGCAUUUAUCGGCCAAAUAGGUCCAGUAGAACUUGCUGCUGUUGGAGUUUCUAUUGCUCUAUUUAAUCAAGUAUCAAGAAUCGCGAUAUUCCCUCUUGUCAGUGUCACAACUUCUUUUGUUGCGGAAGAAGAUACUAUUGGAAGAGUAAGCCCUGAAGAACAAGAUAGUACUGAAUCCUUGGAAACAGGUUCUAUUGUUAACAGUGAAAAUAAAGAGUUGAUACCACAAAAUGAUUCUGCAGAAGGUCCAUACAAGCCAAAAUCACCUGUUAGCAGCUUUGGAAUUGAGAAGAUUGAGAAUGAGAGGAGGUGCAUCCCAUCAGCCUCAUCUGCAUUGGUUAUUGGGACAAUUCUAGGCCUUAUCCAAGCUAUAUUCCUCAUAUCUGGAGCAAAACCACUACUGAACUUCAUGGGAGUUGGUUCUGAUUCCCCUAUGCUGAGCCCUGCAAAACAGUACCUGACAUUAAGGUCGCUUGGUGCUCCUGCGGUUCUCCUUUCCUUAGCCAUGCAAGGGGUAUUCCGUGGAUUCAAGGACACAAAAACUCCUUUAUAUGCCACUGUGGCUGGAGAUGUUACAAACAUCAUAUUAGACCCUAUAUUUAUGUUUGUUUUUCGCCUGGGUGUCAGUGGUGCGGCCAUUGCCCAUGUUAUAUCCCAAUACCUGAUUUCAGUUAUACUCUUGUGGAGAUUAAUGAAACAAGUUGAUCUCUUACCUCCUAGUAUCAAACACCUGCGGCUGGGUCAAUUUCUUAGAAAUGGAUUUUUAUUAUUGAUGAGAGUAGUAGCUGUGACAUUCUGUGUUACUCUUUCUGCAUCGCUAGCUGCACGACAAGGAUCGACAUCCAUGGCAGCAUUUCAGAUCUGCUUGCAGGUUUGGUUGGCUACAUCUCUUCUUGCUGACGGAUUGGCUGUUGCUGGCCAGGCAAUACUUGCAAGUGCUUUUGCUGAAAAGGACUAUGACAAGGUAACAGCCACUGCAACUCGAGUAUUGCAGUUGGGAUUACUUUUGGGGUUGAUGCUUGCUGCUGUUCUUGGACUGGGAUUGAGAUUUGGAGCAAGAUUAUUCACAAGUGAUGCUGAUGUCCUCCAUAUGAUUAGUUUAGGCAUCCCGUUUGUUGCAGGUACUCAACCCAUCAAUACCUUGGCAUUUGUUUUCGACGGUAUCAACUUUGGAGCAUCUGAUUUUGCAUACUCUGCCUACUCUAUGGUGAUGGUGGCCAUUGUUAGCAUCCUUUGUUUGUUUCUCCUCUCCUCUACUCAUAAGUUCAUUGGAAUCUGGGUUGCUCUCACAAUAUACAUGAGUCUUCGUGCUUUAGCUGGCUUUUGGAGGAUAGGAACAGGAACAGGACCCUGGAACUUCCUCAGAUAUUCGUAG